ACACUCGCAGACAGGACAGAGCAGUCAAGGAAGAGUUCCCAGACAGCCCUUUGGAAUAGAAGGAAAGUGGGGCUGGCCGCAGAGAGGUGCCUCGCCCCAGGCAGCUCUGCGGGCCUCCAGCGACGCUGGCCACCUGCUUCUCAGAGCACUGCUAGACGGCCACCUGUGAAACCUGGUGGCCCCACACGGGACCGUGCCUGCCUUUCUCCACAGACCGACUUCUGCUGGGACUAGAAACUGACCUGCCAGCAGGUCCAGGCAAAGCGGCGGGAGCAGAUGGCCCACGCGGGAGACGGCAAGCGGAUGCCCUGGCUCCCCGUGCUGGUGGUGUCGCUGCUGUGCUCGGCCAGAGCAGAGUACUCCAACUGCGGUGAGAAUGAGUACUACAACCAGACCACGGGGCUGUGCCACGAGUGUCCGCAGUGUGGCCCGGGGGAGGAGCCCUACCUGUCCUGUGGCUACGGCACCAAAGAUGAGGACUAUGGCUGUGUCCCCUGCCCGGCGGAGAAGUUUUCCAAAGGAGGCUACCAGAUAUGCAGGCGCCACAAAGACUGCGAGGGUUUCUUCCGAGCCACCGUGCUGACGCCGGGGGACAUGGAGAAUGAUGCUGAGUGUGGGCCGUGUCUCCCUGGCUACUACAUGUUGGAAAACAGACCCAGGAACAUCUACGGCAUGGUCUGCUACUCCUGCCUCCUGGCACCCCCCAACACCAAGGAAUGUACAGGAGCCAGCUCUGGAGUCUCUGCCAACUUCCCCAGCACCUCUGGCAGCAGCACCCUCUCUCCCUUCCAGCACGCCCACAAAGCAGAGCUCUCAGGCCAAGGGCACCUAGCCACAGCCCUGAUCAUUGCCAUGUCCACCAUCUUCAUCAUGGCCAUAGCCAUUGUCCUCAUCAUCAUGUUCUACAUCAUGAAGACAAAGCCUUCUGCUCCAGCCUGCUGUACCAGCCACCCAGUGAAGAGCGUGGAAGCCCAAGUGAGCAAGGAAGAGGAGAAGAAAGAGGCCCAAGACAGUGUGGUGAUUUUCUCUGAGAAGGACGAAUUCGAGAAGCUGACCACAGCUCCAGCCAAGACUGUCAAAAGUGAGAAUGACGCAUCAUCGGAGAACGAGCAGCUGCUGAGCCGGAGCAUGGACAGUGACGAGGAGCCUGCCACCGACAAGCAGGGCUCCCCAGAGCUGUGCCUCUUGUCGCUGGUUCACCUGGCCCGGGAGAAGUCGGCAGCCACCAAGUCAGCUGGGAUUCAAAGCCGAAGGAAAAAGAUAUUGGAUGUGUAUGCCAAUGUGUGUGGAGUUGUUGAAGGUCUCAGCCCCACAGAGCUGCCAUUUGACUGUCUCGAGAAGACGAGCCGAAUGCUCAGCUCCACGUACAACUCUGAGAAGGCCGUUGUGAAAACAUGGCGCCACCUCGCCGAGAGCUUUGGACUGAAGAGGGAUGAGAUUGGGGGCAUGACAGAUGGCAUGCAGCUCUUUGACCGCAUCAGCACGGCAGGCUAUAGCAUCCCAGAGCUGCUCACAAAACUGGUGCAGAUCGAGCGGCUAGAUGCCGUGGAGUCCUUGUGUGCGGACAUACUGGAGUGGGCCGGGCUUGUGCCCCCUGCCUCCCAGCCACCCACGACAGCCUGAGGAGCCUGCCUGUGGGCUGUCUUCCCUGGGAGGCACCAACGAUCUAACAAGGGCUCUGGAGCUGUGAGUGCUGCCAACAGACUGCCAAGAAUCGAGGCUUUUUCUCCUGUCACCAGGCUUUGCCUUAGGUUGUUCCUAGGAACAAGAGGAAAUGAGGCCCGUCUUCCAAUCUAAUCAAAGAUAAAAGAUUAAAGCUGGGAGUAUCCCAGCUCCCCACCUGUACCUCAUCAGGCAGGAUGAAUAUUUAUUCAUGAACUCAUUCAAGGGACGUUGUUGGGUGCUCAGAUGAACCAAACAACAUGAGGAUGACAGGGGUGAAGAAUCUGGUCCCUGUCUUUAAGGAGUUUACAACCUAGGGAGAGAGAGAAGACGUGUUUACAAACCACCUUGCUAGAGGACAUCAAAGAGUCUGGGUGAGGGGAUGGUAAGACAACGUAAUAGAAGUUCUGAGGGAGGAGAUGGCUCCCCAUGGGUGAUGAAGGAGGGCAGCCCCAUGAAGAAAGCAACUUGAAAGCCUGGUGACAUGGCUACAAAAGGCAGAUGUCCCAUUCCAUGUAGAGUGUCAGGGCCGGUACUUGUCUAUGGAUAUCCUGAGUGGCUUCAUUGGGAUACCUUUGCCUGUUCUUGAAGCCAUCCGUAUUCCUACAGCCCUUCCAGUCACUAAUGGAAGAGUUCACUCUGUGGCCUGCCUUCUGUCCUGACAUAGAAGGUGUGUGUCUGGUUAAAUAGACCUGUGUCUAGUCAGUGGCCGGUUUCACCUACUGCAUGAAUCCCAGGCCUGCCACCUGGUGGUUUUGUAUUACACAUGAAUUGCUUUCCACUCUCAUCCUUAGUCAGGUUUGACCCUUUUGUGGGCAGCAAUGCUCAAGAACACAAUCUAUUUAAAUGAUGGGUCAGCCUGUUUUUGCUUCAAACAGAAAUGAGUGGUCCGCUCUAUGUAUAAAGAGAAAUGGUGACUUCCUAAGAGUUCAGCCAUGCAUAAUUGUAGAUUUUGAGCAUCUGAGACUUGUCGAUGAGCCUUGUGGCAUGAGAUCUUCUGAACCAGUUAAGGAACGUGGGGCCCCACAGCACAGGAAGGGCCUGGGCUUAGAAUCCAGGGACCUGGUUCUAGUUGUGCCAACGUGGGCCAUUUUCUUCUCUGCAAAGGAGAAGUUAGCCUGUGGCUCUGUAAUCAGGGUAAGUACAGUUCAGGUGGGAAAUAGGAAAGUAGGGCUGCAGGAAAUGCCAGGCCUUUGAGGUACACAUCCAGGUGAACACUGUGAGUCAUCAAGUUAAAUGAGACAUGCUUCUAAGCAGAAAAACUCAGAGUAACUAGUUGUUUGAUACACGUUUAGAGAUAAAGUAAUAAACUGGCAUUGUUCUUGGCAAAUUCUCUUACUACACCUGCAGUUGCCAAGAGUGUGGGAGCCAGGGUAGUGAUCAUACCAGGGGGUUAAUUUAGAGUUCACUGCUGAGCUUCCUAAUGACAGAUCUGACUAUGGGUUAUUACUAAAUUAAAACCAGUCUCUGACUUCCAAAGCUAUGUUUUUAAAAUUACAAGUCACAUGACUGAACAAAUGCUUUGGGGGGAGGAAAUCAGUCAUAUGUUUAGAGCCAACAAGCCAACAAACCAUUUCCCACCAAUGAAUGUAGAACAUACUGUGAUAGGAUCAUAAUUAGGUCCUGAAUAUUUAAUAUCAUCAUUUGCUGUGUCUGUUUGCUGCUGUUUUUUAGAACCUAUUUGGUAUAUCCUCCAUGGCAAAAUUUAAUUCUCCUUUUAAUUCCUCUUUGAAAUCCUACGGCACCCCUUUCUCCUGCUUUGUGAUAAUGAUAAUGAGAGUCUCCCCCUGAAUUAGGAUGCAAAUGUCACAUGUGAUGAGCAUGCCAUUCCAGGGAGACAGCCUGCAGUUUCUCAAGAACAACAUUUUCAGUGAAGGAGCAGGGGUGGCUGUUCCCAGGCCCAGAGCUUUGCCUCACUUCCUGGGGCCGGAGGUCCAGCCAGCAUCACACCAUGUUUCAGUGACCCUCAACUCGCAACUUUUAGGGAGCUAGUCCUUAUGGAGCUAAACAUUCUUUUGCCAUUUACUUAUUUGGAAACAAAUCCAAGAACAGUUUAUUUUGAUGGACUUUAGCCUACAUUAUGGAAUUCAAAUCGAUGAGACCAUAACGAUUAUCACUGACCCUCUGGGAUUUCUACCCUGCCAUUUUGUACGGAGACAGUCAUUAUUUUGCUAUACUUAAAAACAUUUAGGGAGCAUCCGAAGCUAAGAGCUAUGGGCCCUAGCCAGUGAAGUCUUAAUUGUCAAUAGUUUUGUCUAAUUUUGUAUAUAUAACUUAUUAUAUUUUACAAUUUCAAUAAACUAA